AUGUUCUUUGAAGCUAAUAACAACCAUACCAAAACACCAUAUCAGGUCUUGGUUGAUACCAACUUCUUCAAUUUCUCUAUACAGAAUAAGCUAGAUCCAAUCCAGGCUCUUACGGACUGUUUAUUAGCUAAGGCGGCACCAUGUGUUACUGAUUGUGUUAUUGCAGAAAUGGAGAAGUUGGCAUUACGAUUGGCUAAGGAUCCUCGAUUUACUAGACUUACUUGUGAUCAUCAUACUGGGACUUAUGCUGAUGAUUGUCUAGUUACAAGAAUACCUGAGGGGGGUCCUCAACCUACCAAACAAUUAUCGGUUAAGCAGAUAAUAUCUAUCCAUGAAUUCAUGCUACAACAAUUGGAUCGUAUUGUAACAGAGUUCUCUGCUAUUCCUGAAUCGGUCCGUGCUAAGUUUGAUAUGAAGACCGUUACUAUCGCGGCCCAGGCUAUUGUUGGUAGUGCAGUAGAGAAAAAGUUCUCUGUCUCCUCGGAUGAUAUUGAGAGUGCAGUUAUGUUAAAUCAUGCUCAGCUAUCUGUUAGUCAACAGUUUGCUAAUAUUAAUAUAAAGAUGCAGGAGACCAUGACCAAGUUGAUGGAUGAGGUAUAUAUCCAUUGA